CCAAAGCCAAACGAUCCGGUCCUUCUCCCUGCUUUCAACAAUCCCAGUGCUCCGUCCAUUUUUGCUCGUCCACUAUUAGACAUUGCUCCUCACGAGUUCACUUUUGGUGCAAUCCAGACUCAUCAAAAUCCAUCUAGAGUCCGUUUUGGGGAAAAACCCGCCUAACCCAAAUAGCAACGAUAUUGAUAUGGAUGGUUCGUGAUUUCAAUGUGUUUCAUUUUAUUCCUUCUUCCUCUACUUCUCCUCUGCCUCUCGACGAUCCCAGGGAUGUGCUGAAUAGUAUUCACCCUCCAAGGCCAGAUUGGUAUGAGGAAUUAUAUGUAUUUAUCUUGGAUAAGGGCAAUGAAGCAUAUGAGACAGAGGUUGCAGGUUUUAAGUCUCAGAUCUUUACAAAUUUGAGGGGAAAGGCUAAGACAGUGUUGGAGCUUGGCAUUGGGAUAGAUCCUAAUCUCAAAUAUUAUGCCGGUGAUAAUGGUGUUCAUGUUUUUGACAUAGAUCCCAAAAGAAAGAUGAUUCAUGAUGGGACCCCACCACAGCUUGGAAUUCUGGGUUCUCCAUCAUUUGAUCUUGGAAUUUGAUUAUCUUUAAGGAUAUCCUAAUUAUUUAGAGUUCAUUUAACUGCCGAGGACAAUUCCUUGAAAUUUUUAGAAUUGAGAAAUGUCGGUUGUUGCAAGUCAGGUUCUGCUGGGGUUGUAAAUUGAAGUGCUUUGGAUCAAAACGUAAAGGGUGAAAAAGGCGUUGUUUGGCUCCAAGAAAAUUUAAUUUCUAUUGCCAAAAAAAAAAAAAUUUUUGAAAGCUUCUUGGC